AUGGACGCUCCCGUUCGCAUCAGGAGCGUGUGGGCAGACAACGUUCACCAUGAGAUCAUAGCCAUCAUCAAGCAGGCUGCCCUCUCCCAUCCCUUCAUCUCCCUCUCCAUCAACCUCCUGCACAGCAACCGCAACCACCAACGCCGCGGCAGGAUCCCUCCCGGCGCUUCCCCGGGCGACCCCAACGCCAACUACGCCACGCUCCGCGCCACCGUUGGUGCCUCCGUCCUCCAGGUGGGGCUCGCUCUCUCGGAUGAAGGCGGCAACCUGCCGACGUGCGAGGACACGGGGCAGCCCUGCGCCUGGGAAUUUAAUCUCCGGGUGGUCGACCGCCGGACCGGCGAAUUCGCGCCGUGGCAGCACGGCGUCCUGCGGGCUUGCGCAGUCGAUGCCGAGGAGAGCAAGAGGCGAGCAAUCGAUCCCUCGCACUUCAGCUUCAGCCUAUUCGGAGCCAGCAUCCUGAUGAGAAGCCGCAUCCGCUGGGUCGUCUUCAAAGGCGGCCUGGACUUCGGGGGCCUCCUGAAGUUGCUUAGAGGAGAGGAUCUGCCUCGGAAGCGCGACGAGUGGUUCCAGUGGCUACGGGCAUACUUCCCGAGCUUCUACGACGUCAUGCACCUGACCGCGCACCUGCGUCUCUCCCCAGCCGGAGGAGGCGGAAGCCUCGACGGCGUGGCGGAAACGAUGGGCGUAGGGAGGGACGGGCAACAUACCCAGGGCGCGGGGUCGGACAGCCUGCUGGUGCUGCGGGUGUUCUUGAAGAUGAAGCAGGAAAGCUUCGGAGGCGGCUUCCUGGAGCACCUUCAUGGCAACGUCCUCUUUGGUUUCUGCAAGAGCGGAGAGCAUGUCUGA